ACGUUGGUUCCAUCAAUCACUCAAAAUUUCACUUUGAAACCUUCUCCCUUGUAACACUCCCCUUUAUCUUAAACAAAUGAAGUUUGUGUCUCAAUUUUCGCCCCCUGAUUACAAAUGCAGCUCUCUCUUUGUUUGAUAGGUGGAUGUAAGUUGUGCCAAACUCGAUCUACAAAGCUUGGUCGAUCUGUUUCCUCUCGUUUUUCUCAUCUCGAAACAUGUCUGUUUUGAGCAACCAUAGUGGUACGACUACUACACCAUUGUUUCAUGAAUUGAAGAAGCAAGCUUCUUUCUUUUUCAAGGAGAAGAUCAAGAACGCAAGGUUGGUCCUCACAGAUGUAACACCGGCUCAAUUAUUAACUGAGGAAGCUACAAAUGGAAAUCCUUGGGCACCAGACACAAGGACCUUGGCUUCAAUUUCAAAGGCUGCUUUUGAACUUGACGACUUUACACGAAUAGUAGAGAUUUUGCACAAAAGGUUCCUCAAGUUUGAGAGGAAGGAGUGGAGGGUAUCUUACAAUUCUCUGAUUGUCCUUGAAAACUUGUUGACUCAUGGACCAGAGAGUGUUGCAGCUGAGUUCGAAGUUGACAAAGAUGUUAUUGAACAGAUGGGAGGCUUUCAGCAUAUAGAUGAGAAAGGAUUCAAUUGGGGUCUUGCUGUUAGAAAAAAGUCUGGGAGAAUAUUGAAGCUGCUAAACCAAGGAAACCUUCUCAAAGAAGAGAGAGACCGAGCUCGGAAAGUAACAAGAGGCAUUCAAGGAUUUGGAAGCUUUUGCCAAAGAACAUCUUCGUCACAAGGCAUUUUAAGAGAAUCCUCUUAUGAAAUUUAUGGAAGGUCUAAUUCUGACUUCAUCAACCAUGAAGAUCAAGAAAAUCAGCUACCAUCCCCCACCAUUGAAGAUCUACAAAAGAAAGUUGAAGAAUCCAAGCAGAAGAAUGAAAGCGUAUGCAUCAACUCUAGCAAGGAAACAAAGAACUCAAGCACUUGGGAUGGUCUGGUGGCUAAGAAACUUGAAACUCGAACAAGUUUAAAAGAAAACAUGGUUCCAGACAAGGAGGUAUCAGAUAAAUGGAACUGCGAGGAGUUUAACCCACUUCUUUUGGAUGAAAACAAAGAUGAGUCCAGAUUUGAACUGUCUACUGAAGAUCACCCUUUCAGUGACGCUAACAAUCAAAGUACAUCUUCGUUGCUUGUAUAAGAAGAAAAGAAGAUCAGGAGUCUGAAACUUCUCUUCCACUCCAUGUGGAAUGAGACCGAGUUGAGGUUAAUGUUCAUGUUCUAAUUGGGUAGAAUAUAGAUUCUACUACAAAAGACCAGGCCAUGUCAGUACUUCAGGUUAAAGCGGGGACAAAUCUCUUUCCUCUUGAUAUUCAUUACAAUCCUCAGAAGACAAUUUAGACAAGGGGUGUGAAAUUUGAUAAUUUACAUUUCUAUAUCAGAAAUCAACCAUUGCUGCUUAUUGUGUCUGCACUUUCCUGUGAUAAUUUGAAUCCAACUAACUUCCCUACUGUUUCAUGAUAUACAAUGGUUGCAAAUUACAACCUAAACCUGAAAAAUAUGAAGGUACUGAGAUUUCAAGACUUGCAAAGCCAAUCUUGAAUAGCAAGCCGUAAGGCAUGGUUUGGAGUAAGAUGCAAGUGACUUAAUUUCAAAUUGGUCAUCGGAGAAGUUUCCCCGCCAUUUUGCAACCAUUUAAGCAGAGCUUCCCCUUCAUAAGUAAAGCCGUCAGCUGCCACCUGAGGGUCAUGCAUUAUUUCCUGAAAGCAACCAAUAAUGUGCAUAAGCCACAGAGGUUAUCUACAGACUAGCAUG